AUGGAUGCCCUUGUAGAAAGAUUGAACUAUUUUAAUGCUCAAGCUGACAAAGAGCUCUCUAAGUAUCCACAAUUGGUCAGCUUGGAACGACAAACUAAUGUUCCAAAAACUUAUAUGGCUGCUGGCGUUGUAGCCUUUGUAUUUACAUUGAUAUUUUUCAACAUUUGGGGUGAAUUACUUUCUGAUAUUAUCGGCUGGCUUUAUCCAGGUAUGGGCAAAGAAACUCUCAUUUCUUAUCAAGGUGAUAUUGAUAAAAACUUAAAUAAAUGGAAAAAUAAACUUGAAGAUGUAGCAAGAGAUGCCGGCCAACAAAUCGCAUCGGAAGUUUCUAAAUCGGAGAAAUCGGAAUAA